GGGAGUAGUGACUGUAGGGGUUCCCCCAAAAUCCCUCCACUGUGGAGCGGAGCCUCCUGUAAGAUUACAGACCCCUAUUUGAUUUUCUAAACAAAACAAAAAACCAUCUAGAAUCCUAAAUCCUUGGUGUAGUAAUCGUGCUGACGGAAGGGGGAUCCAGUUCAAUCCAGCAGGAGGAGGGCCAUCAGGCUCCCAGGAGGGCGUGGGGAUACACAGACGCAGAUGUGGGUGGGGCUGCGGCGGUGGUCGUCACUCGGGGCACCUUACAAAUAGACCUACCUAUGCCCUUCACAUCCUGUUACUCACACCAGCAAUCCUCAGCCUCAACCCUCAGAUUGUCCCAUUGAGGUCACUCCCUAAAACUUUGUGGUUGGUGUAUAACAAGUGGACACCAUGAGUCCUAAACCUGUUGUCUUCAAGAAGGUCUCCAGAGACAAGUCUGUGGCUGUGUACAUGGCAAAGAGAGACUUUGUGGAUCAUUGUGACCUUGUGGACCCUGUAGAUGGUGUUGUAUUGGUCGAUCCGGAACAGGUGAAAGGCAAAAAAGUGUUUGCAAUGCUAUCCUGCACGUUCCGUUAUGGGAGGGACGACAUGGAUGUGAUGGGCAUAUCAUUCCGCCGGGACAUCUUCCUGUGUACGCGACAGGUCUACCCGCCGCUUGAAGAUAAGGACCGGAGCACGCACACCAAGAUGCAGGAGAAACUCAUCCGCAAACUCGGGGCCGACGCCUACCCAUUUUUCUUUGAGUUUCCAGACAACCUGCCCUGCUCCGUGUGUAUUCAGCCUAGUCCCAAUGAUGUUGGAAAGCGCUGUGCAGUGGAGUUUGAGGUUAAAGCUUUCUGUGGAGAAACUGAGGAUGAGAAGGCCCAAAAAAGGAGCACAGUGCGUCUGGCCAUCAGGAAGAUCCAGUACGCCCCUGAGACGAGGGAGGCGCCCCCUUCAGGCGAGACCACCUGUGAGUUUGUCAUGUCUGAGAAACCCCUGCACAUGAAAGUCCAUCUGGAUAAAGGGACAUACUACCAUGGGGAGCCAAUCAACAUUCAGGUAGACAUCAGCAAUAGCUCUAACAAAGAUGUCAAAGACCUUUCUGUCACAGUGGAACAGGUGACCAACGUGGUGCUCUACGCCAAUGACAAAUAUGUGAAGCCAGUGGUCUCUGAGGAGACUAAAGAGACCAUUCCUGCGGGCACCUCAUUUAAGAAGAGCUACACUCUCGUGCCGAUGCUGAACAGUACCCGUGACAGGCGGGGGUUGGCUCUGGAUGGCAAGCUGAAGGCUGAAGACACCAACCUCGCCUCCUCCAGCAUUGUGAAGGAGGAGGUGCUAAAGGAAGUGCUGGGCAUGCUGGUGUCCUACAAAGUGGUCGCCAGAGUGCUAGCUGCAGGGUUAAUUGGAUCAAGUGAGGUAGCUGUGGAGGUGCCCUUCCAGCUCAUGCACCCUAAACCUGACCCAGAGAAAGAGGGUGAGGCUGAGGAUGUGGAGUUCCAGGAGUUCAAGCGCGUCUACCUGAAGGGCAUCAUCGGGGCGGAGGACGACUCCCCUGCCGAGGGCUGAGGGAAGCGGGCACGGGGGCAGUGGGCACGGGAGCUUGGCUUGCCCGCCCGGGGCAUCUCACUGCGCCCUCACCUCCUCAGAGCGAAAGAGAGAGAGAGAGAGCCGUGGACGUGGACCUUCUCAGGAGACGCCCUUGAGAAGAGCCCUGACCUAGCUUUAAAACAGAUUUCUGCUGAGAGUACAUGUCUCCAUAGCCAGCUGUACAGUACAUGGUGUCUAGAUAGCUGUAGGCCUACUACUGUCUGAUGCUCAGCAAAGGUUAAUGCGUGUAAUCCACAGUGUCAGAGAGAAACAUCUUGAUUAGAGGGUUUCUGGACAAAUCAGUGGUCUUAUUCAUCACCAUCUUAUUGCUGCCAACCACACCCUAGAACCAAAAUAAAUCCUUUUAUAAACAGUGUAUAAUACUGCAGCUCCCCCACCCCCCAAUUCGUGACAGUGGUUGAACAUGACAGAUGUGUAAUGUGAGGAUGAGCCAUAUGUUGUAUGUACGUAUGUAAGCCAUGCAUUAUGGGUUCAGCGUUUCUCCUGUAUGAAGGCCUCUUUGUCUCUCCCUCCCUCACUGUCUACACAGCUCCAUGCGUGCUGAUUUCUUCCAGACCUCUUUUGAAAGCAACACCCAGGAAAAUAUUUCCAUAUGUUCUGUGUUCUAUUUUAGACAAUACCAUCCCAGUGGAGCGUAUGGACCUAUUUUUAAUGCUUGUAGGAGGUUCUUAGGCAGGGUAAAUGGGUUUAUAAAUGUAUAUAAAUACACAUGGACAUCUGGAACGCUUGAACAGAUACGUAGUUUGGUACUUCACUCAAAGAAUCAUUUUAUGUAGGAUUCAUGUAAUCGUGAAAUGUUUGCUUAUUUUCUUUUAAUAAUAGUGUACAGAUAUGAAACACGGUAUUUGGUGUUGAGAUCCAUGACAUAAACUCUUUGAUUAUUUA